UUUCAAAGCCUUCACUGAGAACUUGCCCACUUGCGUGAACUUACACCCGUCUGUUUCUUUUCUCCAGAAAGGGUCCUGGUUUGAUGUGAACCAUUAUGAGUCUCCUUCCCCUAUGAUCCAGGAGGAAAUAUGCCUUUGUGCUUAUCUCCGGUCAACCCUUUCUCCAAGAUUCUUUUAUCCUUUCUACGCGGCAUCUUUUUAAUCACCUACCACCAUGCCCAACCAACGCCCUCGAGCAGCCUUCGAGCCUCUCCCCCCUGACUUAGACGUACCGACUCUGGUGAAAUCAACGCCGAACUUUGAGAAUGUGGCUAGAAUCCAUUGUGACGCUAUCGAUGCAAACGGCCUGGAAAGCUUUGAAAAACUAGUACGGCUCCAUGUUGUCCUAGGUGGGAUGCCUCUAGUUGUGGGGGGGUUCAAUAAACGAUUGGACAGCUCUAUCUUCUCCGAGAAAUGGCUGAGAGGCGAACACGGAGCCAAAUCUGAAACUGCUCGGAAUUUGACGACCAAGUCUAAUCUCCCGCUCACGAUUGGUCAUUAUCUCAAGAACCUGCCGCUCCUUACGAACCAGUGGAACUCAUACAACUACAAGGAGCCCAAUCGCCAACGGAUUUAUCUUAAGGACAUCGAUUGCCCCGAGCAAUGGCAUGAUCGCUUAAAACCCAUUAUACCACCAUUUCUGUUUUACCUGAACAAAUCGGAUGUGCCUGAGACUUCCUCAAACCCACGAGUAGGGGACCUGAUGAGUUGCCUGCCGCCGAGUAUGCGCGCGGAGAAUUUGAUGUGCUACAUCGGCCACGAGGGGACGUAUACCCCAGCUCAUCAGGAAAUGUGUGCCAGUCUCGGCCAAAAUAUCAUGGUUGAAGCAUCUGAUGGCUCGAUCGAAUAUGGGAAGGUUACUAAACCUGGUUCUUCGAUUUGGUUCAUGACUGAGAGCAAAGACCGCCACGUUGUCUCAGAAUACUGGACGUCAACUUUGGGGCACGAUAUUGACGUUGAGGAUCAUUUUGCCCAGUUAAAUGCGUGGAAGGCGGCACCAUUCAAAACUUACGUUGUCGAACAAAGGCCCGGCGAUUUCAUCCUGGUCCCUCCUCUGGCGGCACACCAGGUUUGGAACCGUGGGACAAGAACGAUGAAGAUAGCGUGGAAUCGCACGACUCCGGAUACUCUAAAGUUAGCCCUUGACGAAGCACUGCCGCAUGCGAGAAUGGUUUGCCGAGACGAGCAAUACAAGAACAAGGCGAUUGUGUUUUACUCCCUCGGUUAUUGCUCUAGCCUACUUGCCCAAGGCCCUGCAAAUGCGGCCCACGCUCACGCCACUCGGCAGCUCCAAGAAGACUUUGCAAAACUUUUCGCCUUGUAUACUGGAAUACUGCUCUCCGAAAGUUUUCAGAAUGACAUGCCGGAUGAAAAGGAGAUCGAAUAUAUUCCCUUUGAUGGCAGCAUCACGUGCUCAUAUUGCCGGAGCAAUAUAUUCAAUAGGUUCCUCACUUGUCCUUGGUGUGUCGGUGAUGAGAAUGAUACGUAUGAUAUCUGCAUGGAGUGUUACAUCAUGGGCAGGAGCUGUAGGUGCCGGUCUCGGCUGACGUGGGUCGAACAAUUCAGCUGGAAGGAGCUUACAGAGAAACAUGAGAUGUGGAGGCAACAAAUCCAGACCUUUGUCGCAGGAAAUCUGUUUCAAGACUUUCCGCAGGCGAGAGCUCAGAUGGCCAAGAAGACUCCAGCGCAAAUAUGCCAGGAACAAUUGAAGAGGCGUCCGUGGGUGGACAUAUCUAAACCAGUCUACCAACAGGUAGACCUAUCUAGCGACUCGGAGACAUCAAGCCCCGCCCGGAAGCGGAGAAAAAACAAUGCUAAUGAGAAACGUGGUCGGUGCCAUAUCUGCAGGUACACAGAACCAAUGUGGAAGCUGGCCUCUUGCUCACGCUGCCACGUGAAUUAUUGUUACGGCAGUCUGUUCAGAGCGUUCAAUAUCCAGCCCCAGAAUACCAUGGAGACGGAUGAAUGGGUAUGCCCCAAGUGCGAAAAGAGAUGCAGCUGUGCUGCGUGUCGGCGGGAUCCCACAAUGAACCCAUUUGAACCAACCUGCACCUUGCUCGGUCAUGACACAAGGGCGUUCGCUGAUCCGCGCAGCGUGGAAAGCUUGGUUGACUUUAGGCAGUCGAAUAUUCGGUGGUUGAAAAAGGCAGGCGAUGAUGAAAUCGGUCGACUCACGAAGCACCAAAUGGAAGCAGAAAAAACGGACCACCACUUGAACAAUAGCACUCAGUUAGAAGAGAAUCUACAGGUGGCAGCUCCGUCUAUUUCUGAAAUUCACUUAGAAGGACAUGGGCCAAUCCGUCACUCCACGGAUUAUGGAGAGAUACCAGUCGAUCCUGCGCUGGAACAUUUCGAUGGGUCUUUUUUGACGUUGGAAUCCGUCGAUCAAUGAGCCCCCGAAUCGAACCAGCCUGCUGACGAGUUCUGAGCAGCUCUGUAGAUGACAGGAUGUGUCUACGCCGGAGGCUCUUACAUGAAGGAAUGAAAUGCAAACUGUCUGCCGCCAGGGUUUUGUUUAAUAGUCCACUUAAGC